GUAAAACGAAAAUUUUUAGUGGAAGAAAUGUCGAGAUUUGACGGGCAAGUGGAAUAAAAUCGGAAUUCACGAUACAUUAAUCUGUACGUGUGAAUAAAGCCGUAUAAAUAGUCCAGAUGAGAAUAAAUUCUGGGUAUAAUGAGGUCACUAGUGGCGCCGUUUCUUCGUUAAAAAAUAUGAAAAAUGGGGUCAGAAGUCACGCCUGACAGACUCCCAGAAAUGUACACAAGCUUUUGCAGAAUCCCAAGGGAAUUAACCAAUGUCAGGUAUUAAAAAAAAUUAAUUUCGUCGCGGGAAUUCCGUUCGCUCGAAAAAUUGGCAUGCUGCGGCCGCUGUUAGAUAAUCAAACGUUAUUUCUCGGAAACUGUAGAAAAUAAUCAUCGACACGUAUAUGUUUAAUGUAGGCUGAACGUAUAACCAGUAGGUAGAUAAAUAUCAGCGCGUUUCACAUACACAUACACACAUUUUGUGUUGACAUUGAAAAUGAGAAAUUUGCGACACGACCGGGUCGCCUUCGGUUAAUCGACUCCGUUUAAUAAUUUGCUGAAAGAUAAUCCGUUGCGUCACAAAAAACAUUCGACUGCCCUUGUGCUAAUGAUUCCACCAAAUAACGAACAGCCCUCGUAAUUGGUUGUUUCGAAAUAUAUCGAAUUGUCCUCGUAAUUGGAGUACGCGGUGCACCGGAAUUCCCCGCCGAAAAAUAACAAUACCUAAUUGAAUACCUGACAACUUUAAUUUAAUAACCACUCACCGAGAAACUUUGAAAUUGAGUAGAGAGAAGAGAUUAGAGAGAAGAGAUUAGAGAGAAGAGAUUAGAGAGAAGAGAUUCGAGAAAUGAGAGUAGAGAGAAGAGAUUAGAGAGAUGAGAGUAGAGAGAAGAGAUUAGAGAGAAGAGAGUAGAGAGAAAAGAGUAUAGAGAGAAGAGAAAAGAGAGUAGAGAAAAGAGAGUAAAGAAAAAAGAGUAGAGAUAAGAGAGAAGAAUGUAGAGAUUAGACAGUAGAGUAGAGAGUAGUGUGGGGAAUUCCUGCGUGAGAUUGGUGUAGUGUAACAAAAUUUUAGAUCCGGAAUUUCGACAUCGGAUUAAAAUUGAGGUAAAUUCGGUGCAGUGUUCCAGCGCGACCGGUGUACGAAUUGUCCUAAAUUUAUUUUAAAUGUCUAAUAAACAGGUAGAUGAUCUCGAGCGAAGGGCAACGCUGCGAAAAAUAAACAACCUGCACACGCAUCUGCCAUCGUUCUCUGAGCGAUGAUUCGCCGAUAAACCGGCCGAAGAGCCAACCGGAAUCGAGAUUUCUCGGUACUACAGGUACUGCGGCUCGUUGUCUUUUCUCGGAAUUCCGCUGGAGACUCUGCGAUUGUCUGUGUGCAGAAGAUUCCCGUUGUCUCUCAACUGGGCGCUUCUUACAUAAUAAAAAAACAGAAGCGGUUGCGGUAACUUUCAUUUAAUCGAGCUAGAUACAAGAAACGAUUGAAUUCGAUUGAGUUUUUUUACGAAAAUUCGAAUUCAUCGGGCGCCAAUUUUUCACAGCUCCAGCGUUGAAAAGUUCAACUUUACGACCGAAAAUAGUGUCGCGAAGUAAACACCGGAUUGGAAAAAUGCUCGACACUUAUAUUUAGAGAGCGUCUAAAUUAAGAAAGGCAUCCUUCCAUAAAUACGUUUUUUAAAAAAAGCCUCGUUUAUAAAAAUAAAAUACGAGCGAUUCCGUUCGGUUAAAAAUCCAACACAAAUCAAGCAAAACAACUACAAAAAAUGCUCGCAAAAAUAACUGUCCCAGGAAGAAUGAAUAUGUUCACGUCAACCUGAACCUUGAAUUAAUUAUGUAUCUCUAAUCAAAAUAGUUACAACUAAUUUUAUUUAUACUGAAUUAAUAAUGAAACAGCACAUAUUGUAAUACACGAGAUGCGUAUUCGGCUUGUUUUUCCCCACAAAACUCAAUUCAAACAAGUGCCUCCUUAUCUCCGUACAGUAAUCUACAUUCAAUAAGUGUGUUCACAGAGUAAAAUUUCUCGUUAUCAGUAUUAUUUACCCGUUAUCGAAUCACAGAGUUCCAACUAACAAUUUCAUGAAUCACAAAAUGUGAACUCUGUGUUCCUCCAUUCGUUUUCGCUCGGCCAGUCAUUGUUGGUAAAUAGAAUAACCGAAAAAAAUUACUUUUAAACCUUACUCGAUCGGUAUUGUUUUUCCGUAAUUUAAUAAUUUAUCUGAGCGAGCGAUAAAAGUUUGAGAUAAGUCAUAAGUUGGCGCUGUACUGGCGAGUUUAUGAUUUUUCUGCGGUUUUAAUGCGUUCAGUGAGUUGAUUUCCGCGGAAUUGAAUGGUAGUAUAGUAGCUAUGGAAAAUACUGACAGUUACUUGCACAAGAAAUUCAAGAAGCAAGUGAAUAUCCAAAAUGACAAAGAAAAUAAAAUUAUUUCUCACGCGGAACAGAAGGAGGAAAAAACCGACGAAAAGGAAAACAGCAGUAAUCGAGAUUGUGUGCCAAAUCAAAGUACAAAUAACAGCCCUUCGCUUAUUACAGUAAACGCUAACUCUAAGUCUUCCAUAUCAGUAGGAAACCAAAUCCAACCACCUUCGAACCCAUACAUAUCAUGUGUAGUUUCGAAACAAUUUGACCAUCAACCAGUUAGUUUUGAUACGAAAUUUAAGCACCAGCAGACCAACUAUUCAGAUAGCCAGUCUUCCAUUUUAGAUUACGAAGCAAACGUUCCUGAUGAUUACUCUUCGAGAGGCGGCGGCGGCGGAGGCGGUGGCGGCGGCGAGGAAAUCGCUCCGCCCGCUCCCGAUAAGAACGCCACCGUCAACGGCAAAUACGUGUGCCCCUAUUGCAAUCUAGUCUGCUCCAAGCCGAGCGUGCUGCAGAAGCACAUCCGCGCCCACACCAACGAACGGCCGUACCCCUGCGAGAGCUGCGGCUUCUCCUUCAAGACGCGCUCCAACCUGUACAAACACUGCAGAUCGCGGACGCACGCCAAUCGACUGAUGGGCGGCGCCAAGACCGCCGUCUCGCCGAGCCCCAAUUGCUCCAAGGAGGAGCCGCAGAAGCCGUACAAACCGAGGUUCCACAUUUCCGAAGAGGAGCCCGUCCAGAAUUCCUCCACCUCCGAAUUCGUUACGCACCAAAUCAACGAAAUCAUCAACAGAAACAACUUGGUGACGAGCUCCAAGCAGCAGGAAGUCGCCCAUCAGCACCACAAAGAGCCCGACGAGCCUCUGAAUUUGACCAACAAGAAUCGCAAGCGCUCGCUGAGCGAGGUAUCCGAACCGGUGAUCCAAAAGAGCCUUAUCAAAGAGCUGCUACUCAAAAACCUAUCUUCUUCGGACAUGCAGUGUCCUUACUGCAAAAUGAUCUUUCAAACGGUUACCGAAUUGGACGUGCACAAGUACAGGAGCUGCAAGGGGAAGCCGGUGUCGAGCGCUAAAUACGCCAGGAGCAGCUCGGUGAACGUGGCCUCCAUUUUGACUCAUAAUAAGAACGCUUUCGACGAGAUUCCGCAACUGCAGAACGUGGUAUUUCCGUUGAGCUCGCCGGGACCGUUCCUGGGUAAAACCCGGCUGAUCGACAGCGAUAAGACCAAGUCGUUUUCGUUCGACAGCGGGCGCAUGCCGUUGAUCAGUCCCGGGGGGUCUUCACCGUCGCCCAACUACCUCCUCUCGCCCGUACCCUUCGAAAAAGACAGGAAGACCAAGAUCAAACUGUUCGGAGGAGAGGUCAAGAUCCAUCUGCCCGGUGAGACCAAGAGCUUUGCCAUCGACGAUAAGUUCGAAGAAGAGGAUAUUAUGAGUGAAAAUAGAGUGGUGAAGACCAGUUUGCAAUCGGGCGGCACCGUUUUGACCAACAAAACCGGCUAUAACAAGCCCCCGGAGGGGAUGAUGAUGUCCCCUAACGUCGAUUUAGGUAAUUACAGUCGAUUUACGUUCAAUUUCGACAAAGACUCUACCCCUAACGAAGCGAACCAAGUGGGGGAGUUCGGUGACUUCAGUCAGAAGGCGUUCAAGAUGUUGACGCCUAACAUUCGGCCUCCGACCUUUCCUGUAACCAGCAAACCGGUGCUAAGCGAUACAAACGAAAGCAAACCAGAGAAACCAAACCUGUACAAUCCCUUAAAUUUGUACGUAAACGGGAAGAUAGUGAGGCACGUGCCGGGAAUGCCGGGGCCCGUAGUCGCCGCCGAAACUCCCGAAUACCCCGCCAGAACACCGCCGAAAGAUAAUCAAACGUUCCUGCAGCCGGACAAGGUACCGGAGAGAAGCAACAAAUCGCCCAACAUUUCCACCCAACCGACCGGCUGUUUUUUACAACCCGACAAAACCCCAAAACCGGACGAGAAAACCGCCAAACCGGACGAAGAAAUGGGAAUAAAAAAAUUCGUACGGCCCAACAGCCUGGCGUUGAAACCCACGCUGGCCUCGCUGAAGCAACACCACGGACUGACGCCCACCAUGUUCAACCAGAUACUGAUCAGCCCGGACACGCCGCGCGUCGCCAAGAAGUACGAGGAGCACUUCCUGCACGGCAACUACUUCAGCUACUUGGGCCUCAAGUGCUCGACGAGAUCGGUGUACUGCACGCUGAACAAAACGCAGCCGUUCUACGUGCCGUUCUUCAAGAAGCUGAGCAUGUACUCGGAAUGGCGCCAGCAGGACACCAAGCAGGAUAAGUUAUACGCCAGCCGGUACGAUUCCGGCCAGACGAACCAGAGGUACAGCAUAGCUGGGAAGACGUCCGCGAAUUUGAUUAUACACUCCAGCUAUAAGUUUAUGGUUUCGGAGACGUCUGCCCAAUCCGAGAAAGAAGACGAUCAACAACCGCAGAAAACGAACGCGAUUAUGGGCAAUUAUGAAAACUACGUCUACGUUAGGGGUAGAGGACGAGGUCGCUACGUUUGCGAUCAAUGCGGCAUCAGAUGCAAGAAGCCUUCGAUGCUCAAAAAGCACAUCAGGACGCAUUCGAACGAAAGACCAUACACCUGCAGCCACUGCAAUUUCAGUUUCAAAACUAAAGGCAACCUAACGAAGCACAUGAAGAGCAAAUCGCAUUCCAAAAAUUCCACCAACGGCAACGGAUCGUCGUCGUCUUCGGCCCAGCAAAGCGCCCAGAGCUCCGAUUCGGACACCGAAGACAGCGGAAUGGAUAGCAGCGACGAAUCGACGAGACAACAAGAGCACGAGGCGGCGUACGGGUUGCUGUCAUUGUCGCAGAAACCCACUCGAACGCCGGACAUGGCGGAAUCGGACGCCUUCAUGACCACCGAGGAGAUAGCGCACGUGUCGCAAGCGAACUACGCCAAAAACAAGAUACUGAACGAGCAGAACUUCAAUUUGGAGAGAGUGGGAAAGGCGUCGGUGACGUCGGAAACGUCGGAGAAUCGAAAUGUGAGAACCCACCUGGGCAUGGGCGGCGGCCAUAGACCUCUGACCUACCCUUAUUCGUUGAUUCUACCGUGCGACAAAGACGUGGGGUCGUCCGACGAGCACACCACCACGUCGGAGAGUUGCUCCGACGGCGGUAAAUCCAUAAAGCAAUUCCACGUGAUUCAGAAGUACGCCAGAGAGGCGCCGGCCGCGCCCAAAUUUUCGACCGAAAACGUUAGCAUUAAGAAACCCUUACCCACGCUGAAGGUAAACGACGUUGUGAUAACGGGCGAUAGUUUCGAUCCGAGAAAACGGAAAAUCUCGGUGGCCGAAUUGUCGCCCAAAACCAAACUGCAACGAAACGACCAAGUCAUCGACUUAUCCAUGUCGAACAAUCACGAAAAAGUCAACGGCUUAAGGAAUGUACAAAUACAAAUAUCGAAUAACUCGACACCUAAGACGCUCGAACCGCAUACGAACGACGCCUACAGAUCGAUCGAGGCCCAGAAAAACGUCGCUAACGACAUUUUGAACGUGCUACACCACAAAGUUCCCGCCCAGCGAUACGAGAUCGACGAAGAGAAGGAACCGGUCAACGCCAACAACCGCACGGUGAUCAUCCUGCGUCAGCUGCCCGAAGAGCAGCUGAACGUGAAUAGUUACAACGAGGAACCGAUAGCGUACGACAACAGCGCGAUGGAAACUCUGGCCGACAUCGCCACCAAGCAGGUGAAGCUGGAGAAGAACACCCUGGCGAAGAACGUCGCCAGCGAGUUCCUCAAAUUGGCGACGAAGAACGACUGCAGGGACCCCGUCAGCAAAGACGUCAACGAGAUCAUCGUGAAAUCGGAAGGGAACAAGAGCUGUACGAUUUGUUCGAAGAGCUUCAGCAAACCUUCUCAACUCAGGUUGCACAUGAACAUACAUUACUUAGAAAGGCCUUUUCGAUGUGAUUCGUGUUCAGUGAGUUUUCGCACUAAAGGGCAUUUGCAGAAGCACGAAAGGAGCGCCAGUCAUCACAAUAAAUUAUCUUCCUCUCCGGCCCUUUCCUCAUCGGAACCGCGGCCGUUCAAAUGCUCGGAUUGCAGCAUAGCGUUCCGAAUACACGGCCACCUGGCCAAGCACUUGCGCUCCAAAAUGCACAUACAGAAGCUCGAGUGCCUGGCCAAGAUUCCGUUCGGUCUCUACGCCGAACUGGAAAGAUCCAACAGCCUGCUGACGGAGAUAAACACCAGCGAUGGGGACCAAUGCCUCGAAAGUUUGAAGAUGCUGGCGAAAAAAGUGUUCGUCAACGAUCCCAACAAAUUGAACCAGUUGGAGAGAGUGAAUAGCGUCGGCGCGGAUUAGAAACGAAAAUUUGUACAUACUGCUAUUUAUUGCCGAAGACUGAAUUCAUAUAAAUAGAAAGAAAUAUAUAUAAUAUUAAGAAGUAUACAUUUUAUAAACUAUUUUACUGUUAAAUAUUCUACUUACUUCCUAUAAAUUAGUUUUUAUUUAGACAAUUGUAUUCUGAAGUGUCAAAUAUGAUAAUUGUGAUAUAUUUUUUUAAGAAUUGUAAAUAUUAAUUUAAGGCGCGUUUUUGCCAUGAAAUCAUAAGGUGCAUCAGUUUUUAUUUUCUGUAAACUUUAAAAAUAUGUUCAAUUUCUAUUCUUUGUUUGUUAAUCUUAAGUGUCGUUAUUCAGGUAUUUUUAUACGGUGCAAACGAUGACUUGUUUGUAAUUUGCCAAUAUUGCCUCUUACUAAUUAAUUGUUCGGUUUCCUUUUCAUCACAAUUUCUCAUUUUUGCAUUUUCUCACUAUCUUUUCGCCAUUACGAGUGCAAGUGCAAAUGCAUCUUUGGUUUAAAAUUUCUAGCAAAGGAAAUGUUAUUAUUUAAAUAAUCUUUUUCGAGAUUUUUGUUCGUAAAAGUCGAUUUAUACCUGUUUUUUAGGUACCACGCAUUAAUUUUUUUGUACAUUGGUUAAACGAAAAUGUUUUUUUUUAUUUUUAAAAUGGUUACGUUGAUUAUUAUUGUACAUAUUGUUUGUAUAUUAUUUUAUGCGAGGAUAAAUAUUUUGUUAAUAUUUGUUUUUCCCUGUUGAGAAAAUACAAAAAAUUGUUGCCGAUUUGCGUUUUUUUAAACCACUAAAUUUAACAAGGAUAUUUUAUUUAUUGUUUAAAAAAAUAAAGUUUAUUUUACAAAAAAAACUUAAAUAUAAAUUACCUUUAUUAAUUCAGAAGUAAGUUCAGUCGCUGUCGUCCUCUAUAGUGACGAUUCUCUUUUUUCUUUUAAGCGGCCUUCCGUUUCUUUUUUCUUGUUCCAAUUUCCUCUCUAAUAUCUCCAAUUGCGAUAAUUCAUCCCUAGUUUCAACUACAUCAUUAUCGACCACAAAUGAAUCCUAAAAAUAACAUAA